CCCUCGCGAACUUGGCGGAUGACCAUAGCGGACCCUCGCGCACACCCGGACGCGGAAAGUAUGAAUUGGCCUUAAAACACAAAGUACAGACCGAUCCUUCUGCAGACCAGGGGAAGAGGACGAGAGGAACUUGUAGGUCUGAUUUAUAGCCUCCAGGGCGCAGCCUUCUCAGAUAUGUGCAUAUAUGACAAGGUCUCAGCUCCACCAAUCCUUUCCCUGGAACAUAAGGAAAAACACAGCCAACAAGGAAGGACAAGAUAAAUACAUAUCCUGUACAUGAUUUCUGUAUAUCAGAAUAAAGUUAUUGAUCCAAAUUCAAUAUUAUCUUCAUGCACUCAAUAUGAAAACAAUCGAAGGUUAAGGUGAAUCCUUGGUUCAAAAUGCCUUUCUUUCAACCAAUCAUAACCCUCUAAAUUACACAAUCCGUAUGUUGGAGGAAGUUCACAGUUGAAUCGAAACUCAGUAAACAUGCUCGACAAGUUACCGACUGCUUUUAGCUACAUUAGCCUCUGUACCACUUUCUUAGUUUAUUUUGUCACUGGAGCUGUUUAGCUUGUAAUUGAAGAUUGCUUGAUUAUCAUGGCGGUGUAACGUUCGCAACUACUGGAAGAGGAAUAAAUAAUGUUCACUGCCUUAGUUUGUGGAGCUGUGGUGUUUCCAGGGCUUUUCGCCAUCUUCAGAAAAGUACUAAGAUACACUUUCACACGCUGGAGUGAUGCCGACGUGGUUUCGAUCAGUGAGAGGCUGGUGUCCGCCAUUCAUGCAUCUUUGGCUACUGCAGCUGGAGUCACAGUGGUGACAUCCUGCACGGAUGUCAUGACUGACAGUCACUGGCUGGUCAAUGGGUUUGUUGUGUUUGGAGCUCCAUAUAUGGCCUGCGACAUCUAUGCCAUGUAUCUGAGCCACUACCACAUUCAAAGGGUCAAAGGUCAUUCCAGUUUAUCGAGCGGCCACUCUCUUCAGACAGUGAAGGCUUUCCUCAUGAAGGACUGGAUGUUGGUUCUCCAUCACCUGGUGCUACUUCUCAUUUUCCUGCCAAUCACUCUGUUCUUCAGAAGGGGACUUGGUGAUUUCUUCAUCGGCUGCCUGUUCACCACGGAGUUCAGCACACCUUUUGUCUCUAUAGGAAGGAUUCUCAUCCAGCUGGGUCUCGAUGACACCAGGCUGCACAGAGUCAACGGCAUCAUUGUCCUCUUGAGUUUCUUCACGUGUCGGAUCUUGCUUUUCCCCUUCAUGUACUGGAUGUACGGCCGGCAGUUUGGGAUUCCCCUGCACAGAGUGGCCUUCCAUCUGCCUGUGCACUGCAACGUGGGCAACCUGGCGAUCCUGGCUCCACAGAUCUACUGGUUCAUCCUGCUGCUGAGGAAAGCCAACAGACUGUACCUGCGACAGAAGAGCGGGAAGGGAGACAAAGACAGGCCAAAGACAGACUGAGGAAUCCACCUGGUUUUACUCUGAGACUGAAGAUACCAUAUCAGGGCCACUAAGGAGAAAAGUAAUAUUAGAGAUACUUUUGAAGAAAAAGUAUGAGAUUCAAGGUACAAAUAAAGUCAUAAUACAAGUCAAGAGUUUUCUCUCCUGACUGUCUCGUAA